AUGCACCGUCGGGAUGUCUUUGGGCCGGAGCAUUUAAUCCUCCAUCACCACCACCACCAUCACCACCCCAAUGGCCCCGGCGAUCACCAUGAACAUGACCGUGACCAUGAACAUCAUCUCCACCUCCAACUCACCCACGUCACCGGCGCAAUCCCCUUCCUCAACCCGACGCACGCCGCGUACCGAACCACCACCUCCACCUCUCCUUCAUCUUCAUCCUCAUCCUCAUCCACAACCAGCCGUCACAAUUGUGCCCCUGGCCCCCAAAUCCACCGCCUCUGGCGCGCCCGCGACACGCGCAAAGGCCGCCACGCCCUCCGCAUCACCACCAACCCCACCACGCACCCGCGCAUCAUCCUGCACACCCUGAAAGCCAUGCUCACCACGUGCCCCUACUGGGACCUCUCGUACCUCGUCGCCGUGACCUUCACGCUCGGCUCCGCGAUCUGGAUCGUCAACGCGUUCUUCGUGUGGUUGCCGCGGCAGGAUCCCAGUACCGUGUUCCGCGGGGAGGAGGGGGCGGGCGGCGGGUGGACGGCGUUCGUGGGGGCCGUCGUGUUUGAGGUCGGGAGUUGGGGGUUGGUGGGUGAGGCGUUGGAUACGAACGCGAAUGCGAACGCGAACGCGAACCCCCGUCCCGGCUCAGAUACAGGCACGAGCAGUCUGGUCCUCCGUCCCAGCACGGAGACCUGUAUAUGUCAUCAUUCGAAUCGGAAGGGCCUGUUGUCGCCGUCAUCGCCUGCAGGCAGGAAGACUGCCACUGCCACUGCCACUACCCUGACCAUUUCCUCGGCAGGAGCAGCUGCGGCUGGUCGUACCACCCCCAGAAAGGUCAACCACUACCUCCACGACCUCGGCUUCUGGGCCUCCCUCACCCAGCUCGUCGGCGCCACCGUCUUCUGGAUCGCGGGCGUCACCGGCCUCCCCGGCAUCAUCGGGCACAUGAGCGCCCCCCUGACGGACGGGGUGUACUGGGUGCCCCAGGUCGUGGGCGGGGUCUGCUUCGUCGUCAGCGGCGGGCUGUUCACGCUCGAGACGCAGGAGCGGUGGGAUCGGCCGGCGUGGCGGGUGCUGGGGUGGCAUAUCGGGGUGUGGAACGUGGUCGGCGGGGUCGGGUUCACCCUGUGCGGCGUGUUCGGGCUGGUGGGGAUGCAAUAUCAGGCGUGUCUGGCGACCUUCUGGGGGUCGUGGGCUUUUCUCUGGGCGUCCGGGUUGCAGUGGUAUGAGAGUUUGCAGAAGUGGCCGGUGGAGGUGGAGAAACACCACCGCCACCACUGA